AUGGAUGAAUGAGGAUUGCCAUUUUUUUUUUAAAGAAAAGAAAAGAAAAGAAACGAUAAGUUUGGUUUGAAGAAAACAAAAUUGAGAAGGAAAGGGUUGAAUGAUUUGCUGCGGAUUUAUGUGGAAAUCCGGAGGAGAAGAUUUGCAAGGUUUCUAUCCUGUUAGACCAGAAUGUCAACCAGAUGUUCCAAGGACCCGUUUUAAGUCUAGGGCUGGCAAGACUCUAAGUGCUAGAAGAUGGCACGCUGCCUUUACUGAAGAUGGCCAUUUGGAUAUGGAAAAAGUUCUUAGACGUAUACAGCGCGGAGGAAUUCAUCCCUCCAUCAAAGGCGCCGUUUGGGAGUUUUUGUUAGGCUGUUAUGAUCCAGACAGCACUUUUGAGGAAAGGAACAGGCUGCGUAACCGCAGAAGGGAGCAGUACGGUGCAUGGAAAGAAGAAUGUAAGAAAAUGGUUCCUGUCAUUGGUAGUGGCAAGUACGUCACUAUGGCAGUGGUUUCAGAAAAUGGCCAGCCUAUUGACGAAUCUUCUGUAGAAAAUCAAGGAUGGAUCGUGAAAAACACCGUUACAGAUGAGAGAGUGCUCCAAUGGAUGCUCUCACUCCACCAGAUCGGCCUUGAUGUUGCUAGAACUGAUCGGUACCUCUGCUUUUAUGAGAAUGAUACUAAUCAAUCAAAACUAUGGGACGUUCUUGCCAUAUAUACAUGGUUGAAUCUUGACAUUGGUUAUGUUCAGGGGAUGAAUGAUAUAUGUUCCCCAAUGAUAAUCCUCUUUGAUGAUGAAGCCGACGCUUUCUGGUGCUUUGAGCGGGCAAUGCGGAGACUUAGAGAAAACUUCAGGGCAACAGCAACAUCAAUGGGUGUCCAGACUCAGCUGGGUGUGCUCUCACAGGUCAUUAAAACAGUGGAUCCUCGUCUCCAUCAACAUCUAGAGGAUCUCGAUGGUGGGGAGUAUCUGUUUGCUAUUCGGAUGCUGAUGGUACUUUUCAGGAGAGAAUUCUCCUUCCUUGACGCUUUGUACCUUUGGGAGCUGAUGUGGGCGAUGGAGUAUAAUCCAACCAUGUUUGCAACAUACGAGGAACUAGAAAACCGAAACAACGCAGCAUCCGAUCCCAAGUUACUAAAACGGUAUGGCAAGUUUGAAAGGAAAUACAUAAACAGUGGGCAGAACGAGCAACAUCGCAAUACGCUUGCUGUCUUUGUGGUCGCAAGCGUUCUACAGACAAAGAACAAACGUCUCUUGAAGGAAGCUAAAGGCUUAGACGAUGUUGUUCAGAUACUAGGAGACAUUGCGGGUAAUCUUGACGCGAAAAAAGCAUGUAAAGAAGCGUUGAAGAUCCAUGAAAAAUUCCUGAAAAAGGCUAAUAGUAAUAAGCAAUAAAGAUUUGCUCAAAACCUCUACUCGACGACUUUAUUAUAUAUUGACAUAUAGUACUAUAAUACAGCUUUUGAUCAGAAGAUUGUUCAUCGUCAGCCAGAAAUUUCUUAAAAAGGUUCUUCUGGAAGAAGAUUGAUGAUAAUGCUAAUUUUCUUCUUUCAAUUGUUCAUUUUCUGAUUUGUAUUUUGUUGGUAAACUGUGUGCCGUUUUUCAGUUAUACGAAUGAACUUCGUGGUACUUAAUUCU